GACACGAGACAAUUAUUCUAAAGAACAGCCUAAAAUUAAACCCCUCACAAUCAUGGCCGGAGGUUAGGCGCGCAGGUGGCUGGGGAAGGUAAUGUGGCCGUCAAGUCAAGUCGAUUGGGGGCCACACCUAAUAGUCUAAUUGCAAAUGGGACAAAUGGAUAACAUCCAAAUAGUCGUCAUCAUAUGAAUCUCUUCUUCACAUAGAUAAAUGCACUUUUAUAAUUUGCAGCAAGUUGCCGAUUUUAUCUUAGCCGAACAUGUCGUCGUCGGGCUCUCCAUCGUCGGAGAACGGUGAUUACCUUGCCGCCGUGCUCAGCGCCGCCAGCCCUUUCCUCCGAGGCGAACUGGAGAACGUCGAUAAGAAGCUACCCUCCCUGGUUGCCGUUCUCCGAUCCGUCGGGGCCGGGGAGUGCUGGCAUAAACACGGCAGUUUCCUCUCACAUCUGGUGGACGUCUACCGGAUACUCAAGCUAUGGAAGGCUCCAGAUCCGGUCUGCCUCUGCGGCCUCUUCCACUCCGCCUACUCCAACUCUUACGUCAAUCUCGCCAUCUUCCACCCUUCCACCGGCCGCGACACCGUCCGCCGCCACGUCGGAGACGAGGCAGAGCGGCUCAUUCAUCUCUUCUGCGUCGUCCCCCGUCAGCCCCUGAUCCACGAGGAUCUCCUUUUCAAAUACUCCGACGCGGAAAUCGCGGACCACCUUAGGGCUUCCGAGGCCUCCGCGAGGAACGCAAAGGAGAAGGGGGAGUUCGACGGCGGCGAGGCGUGGAGGAGGAAACUGCAAUCGGUCUUGCCGGCGGACGGGAUCGUGGCCAAGCACAUCAAGACGGGCGAAAACGUCGCCGUUUCGAGAAGAAUCGUCGCGAUUUUCCUGCUGAUGACCAUGGCGGAUUUCAGCGACCAGCUGUUCGGGUUCCAGGACGUUCUAUUCGAAAACCUUGACGGCCGGCUCGAAUUCUCCGGCAACGAUGCCCUAUCCGGAUUAUGGCCCGGGGACGGGAAACCCGGCCUCUGGGUGAAUUCAGUAUCUCGAAUGGGCGCAAUCUACAACCUAGUCGUCCGGGAAGAAGAGAUCUACAUCGAACAGAGGAGAAGGGAAACCGGCAAAUUACUCGAACCGGAGAGAGACGAGCAGAUUGAGCUUGUGAUCCCGCCGGUGUUCAAUUUCUGCACUGAAAUUCUCGACGCCGGCGAUCAGAUACUGUCACGGGAUCUGUACUGGGAAGCAGUGUGCGAAGGGCCGAAGAAGGGGUUCGAAUGGGCCGAGAACAGGCUGAGGAAGAGCAUCCAGAAGAACCCAUUUGUGGGGGAGGCCCACUUAGUUUUGGCCCAGAUUUGUUUGAGCUUGGGGAGGUUCGAAGAGGCCGCAAGAGAGGCAGGGAAAGGAUUGGGCCUUAUACUGGAAUGGGCCUCUCCAUGGGAUAAGAGGAUGUCUUGGGAAGGUUGGGUUUCUUGGGGCAGAGUUCUGCUCAUGAAGGCCCAAGAGAGGUCCUGGCCCACAAAUGCAUGGGGCAUUCUUAACUUGGGCCUUGUCCGGUAAUAAGCUCUAUAAUUGGCCUUGGAUAUUCAAAGAUCUUUGUACUUGUCACUAGACAAUUCUAUUGCUAAUAUUGCUCUAUCAUUAAGUGUAAAGAAGUUAAAUGGUCCAUAUAUUGAGAAUGUGAAUAAACAUUGUUAUUAUUG